GGGCGCGAGCGAGUCGGGGCCCCGGGUGGUCGGCAGCAGCGUUGGCGCCCCGCGCAGGCUGGAGGCCGCCGAGGCUCGCCAUGCCGGGAGGACUGUAGCUCCCCCAUGGAGUCGGCCGACUUCUACGAGGCGGAGCCGCGGCCCCCGAUGAGCAGCCACCUCCAGAGUCCCCCGCACGCGCCCAGCAGCGCCGCUUUUGGCUUUCCCCGGGGCGCGGGCUCCGCGCAGCCCCCCGCCCCACCUGCCGCCCCGGAGCCGCUGGGCGGCAUCUGCGAACACGAGACGUCCAUCGACAUCAGCGCCUAUAUCGACCCGGCCGCCUUCAACGACGAGUUCCUGGCCGACCUGUUCCAGCACAGCCGGCAGCAGGAGAAGGCCAAGGCGGCUGCGGCCCCCGCAGGAGCCGGCGGCGGUGACUUUGACUACACGGGCGCCCCCGGGGGGCCCGGCGGCGCCGCGAUGCCGGGAGGGACGCACGGCCCCCCUCCUGGCUACGGCUGCGCGGCGGCCGGCUACCUGGACGGCAGGCUGGAGCCCCUGUACGAACGCGUCGGGGCGCCGGCGUUGCGGCCGCUGGUGAUCAAGCAGGAGCCCCGCGAGGAGGACGAGGCGAAGCAGUUGGCGCUGGCGGGCCUCUUCCCCUAUCAGCCGCCGCCUCCGCCGCCGCCGCCGCACCCGCACCCACCGCCCGCGCACCUGGCCGCCCCUCACCUGCAGUUCCAGAUCGCGCACUGCGGCCAGACCACCAUACACCUGCAGCCCGGCCACCCCACGCCGCCGCCCACGCCCGUGCCCAGCCCUCACCCUGCGCCGGCUCUCGGUGCCGCCGGCUUGCCAGGCCCUGGUGGCGCGCUCAAGGGGCUGGCGGCCGGGCACCCCGACCUCCGCGCGGGCGGCGGCGGCGGUGGCGGCGGCGGCGCGGGCAAAGUCAAGAAGUCGGUGGACAAGAACAGCAACGAGUACCGGGUGCGGCGCGAGCGCAACAACAUCGCGGUGCGCAAGAGCCGGGACAAGGCCAAGCAGCGCAACGUGGAGACACAGCAGAAGGUGCUGGAGCUGACCAGUGACAAUGACCGCCUGCGCAAGCGGGUGGAACAACUGAGCCGCGAACUGGACACGCUGCGGGGCAUCUUCCGCCAGCUGCCCGAGAGCUCCCUGGUCAAGGCCAUGGGCAACUGCGCGUGAGGCGCGGGGCGGCGGGACCGCCCUGGGCCGGUCGCUGGCUGGGACCCAGGGAGUGGUUUCGGGUCUCCGGAUCUCAAGACUGCCCCAGCGGCGCAGGCCGGGACUAGGAGAUUCCGGUACCGCCAGAAAGCCUGGCCUGCCGCGCGCGCCCCUUGCCUUCCUCUGCGCCAGAUUCGGUGCGUCUAAGAUGAGGGGUCGGGCAGUGGUUUCUUCCCUGCCGGAGAGGAGAUGUGCCGUGGGCUCAGCCGGGAGCCCGGCCACUCUGGUAUUAGGGAAUAACCUUGUGCCUUGGAAAAGCAAACUCACCGCUCUGAUUCCUACCGAGUAGGGGGAGCAAAUAUGUGCCUUGUCAUUUUUUUUUGGAGGGUUCCUGCCUCAUUGCUGAGGCCGCAGGCCCCCAUGAGAGAAGGCAAUGCGCAGGCCUGUGGCAAGAGGAAGGUUCAGGGAGCAGGGAUCCCAACAAGCCAGCCCUAGCGGCUCCUCAAUGCCUGUCCUUGGGGGGAAGGAAAUACAGGGACUUGGAACGUUGUGCCCCCAGUUCUGCAUGAAGGUGGAGGGUCCCGGGUUCCUGGCCUCUAAUCUCCCAGCCUGAGACAGGCUGGGCUUCCCUGGGCAGAACCCACUGAGAUGGAGGUCACCAGGUGACCAGUGGGAGCCCCCUGCCCCCAGUCAGAUCAGAAAGCUAGGUCAUGGGUGAGCUGCAAGGACAUGUGUUCACGGGAGUGGUGGCCUGGUGGAAGAGGGAAACCCAGAGAACUGGUCGGGGGUGGGGGUGGGGGUGGGGGCGAGGCAAAGGACCACUGGGACCAUCAGCCUCGUCCUGUAUGUUGCCACCAUUGCCAUACAAGCCCAGAGGGACCGAAGUUAUGAGAAGCUUUCCAAAUAUUUUGCUUUAUCAGCCGAUAUCAACACUUGUAUCUGGCCUCUCUGUGUCCCAGCGGUGCCUUGAGCAAUGUGAAUGUGCACGUCUAUGCUAAACCACCAUUUUAUUUGGUUUUUGUUUUGUUUUGGUUUUGCUCAGAUACUUGCCAAAAUGAGACUCUUUGUCAGCAGCUGCAGGGAGGGUCUGCGGCUCUCUUUCCUUUUGGUUUUUGGGAUUGCUUUUGCUCCCAGGGGAACCAAAGAGGUGAGGUGGCCUUCCUCUUUCCCCCGGGGUGGGGGUGGGGGCCUGGAGGGGGGGGCUGGGGCAAUGGGCCUCGCUCCCCUCUGGCCCCGGGCUGCCCACAGUCUUGCCCCCACCAGAGGCCCUGGCUCCUGGUCUGGAAGGGAGGCAGCCCCCAGCCAGCGCACACAGAUGGCUGGGGCUGGGAGCAAGAAAGGAAGGCUUGGUUCUCUUCUUUGGGGGAGAACGUAGAGUUUCAUGCUAGAUGUUUUAUGUGUUAUAUCUAUAAUAUAAACAUAUCAAAGUAAA